AUGGCGUCUGCGGCGGCGGACGCGGUGCUGGUGCGGACGGCGCGGCGCUGCGGCGGGUGCGACGGGCGCGAGGACGCCGCGGUGGACGCGCUGCUGCAGUGGCAGAAGAUGGGCGACCUGCUCAUCGCGGCGUCGCUCCUGUCCAUCCCGCUGGAGCUGCUCUACUUCGCCACGUGCGCCGCGCUGGCGCCGCUCCGGCGGGCGCUCCUCCAGCUCGGCACCUUCAUUGUCAUGUGCGGCGCGUACCACCUGCUCAACGCCCUCGCCUACGACCGCCCGGGCUCCCGCCGCGUCCUCCUCGCCCUCACCUUCGCCAAGGCCCUCGGCGCGGUCGCCACCUCCGCCGCCGCCGUCUCCCUCCCCGUCUUCUUCCCGCGCCUGCUCCGCAUCAAGGUCCGCGAGUCCCUGCUCCGCACCAAGGCGCGCCAGCUCGACCGCGACCUCGCCGCCGUCCGGCGCCGCGAGGAGGCCGUGUGGCGCGUAGCCCGCGCGGUCGCGCGCCACGUCCGCGACUCCGCCGACGCGCGCGCCAUCCUCCGCACCACCACGCUCCAGCUCGCCGCCGCCCUCAGCCUCCACGAAUGCGCCGUCUGGAUGCCCGCCGCGCUCCCCCACCGCGGCGUGCUCCAGCUGACCCACCAGCUGCUGCCGGACGAAGGCGGCAAGGUGCUCGACAGGGGGACACGCGCCAUCUCCGUCCGUCACCCUGACGUGGCCGCCGUACUGGCCAGCAAGGACGCCGAGGUGCUCAGGCCAGGCUCCGUGCUUGAGGCGGCGACCGGCGGGGGCCUGCCGCCGGCAGGAGUAGCGGCUGCCAUACGGAUCCCAUAUUUCCACGGAGGGAGCUGCGCGUCAGAGCUGGCGGGCUACGCAAUCUUAGUCCUGGUUCGUCGCGGUAACGACGACCAUAGGUCAUCAUCAUCUGCAGCUUCGACUUGGAGCAAUCAGGAUCUGGAGGUCGUGAAGGUCGUCGCCGACCAGGUGGCCGUGGCGCUCUCCCACGCGGCGGCGCUGGAGGAGUCCCAGCUGAUCCGGCGCGAGCUGGCGGAGCAGCACGGGGCGCUGGUGCACGCGAGGAGCGAGCUCGAGGCCGCGACCAGGUCGAGGAACGCCGCGCGCGGCGCGGUGCGCGACGCCGUGGGGAGGCCGAUGCACGCCGUCGUCGGCCUGCUCUCCGUGAUGCAGCAGGAGGCCGCCGCGUUGCGCCCCGAGCAGAGGCUCGCCGUCGACGCCAUCGCCCGGACAAGCGCCCUCUCCUCGACUCUGGUCGACCACGUCAUGGAGACACUGUCGACGACGACGGGCAACCAUGACCCGCCACCGCCGUCUAGUGGUCCUACGCUGGUGGCGAGGCGGCCGUUCGACCUCCGCUCGCUGGUCACGGACGCGGCCAGCGUCGGCGGAUGCUUAGCCCUCUGCCGGGGCCUCGGCUUCUCGCACCACCUGGAGGCCAGCUCCCUUCCGGAAUGGGUGGUCGGCGACGACAAGAGAGUCUUCCACCUCCUGCUGCACAUGGUGGGAGCUCUGCUGAGCCGAUGCCACGGCCAUGUCGCCGGCGGCGUCCUAUCGUUUUCCGUCUGCAGCUUCAGCAACAUCGUUGGCGACGACCAGGAUCGGAUCCCGGUGCCAGAGCGAGCGAAAUUCUCCGGUGGCAACCAAGUGUUUGUCAAGUUCCAAGUUGGGCUCACAAGGUCACCGGAGAGCGACCCCGGGAGUUCACCUGCAACUCGCCCGCCACCGUCUGGCCUCGCCCCCGAAUCCGGUGACGACACCGGCGUGCGGCUGAGCACAGCCAUGUGCAAAAGGAUUGCGCAGCUAAAAUUUGUUCAGAUGAUGAAUGGAAACAUGUGGUGGGCAUCCGAGUCCGAAGGCUUUGGAGAAACCAUGACGCUCCUCCUGCGGUUCCAGCUGCAGCAGCCACUCAAUCCGCACGUGCCCGGUUCAGGCACGUACCGGAUCGGAGCCUCGGUUCCCCACCACCACCACCACUUCAACGGCCUGAGGAUCCUGCUCGCGGACGGCGACGCCACGAGCAUGGAGGUCACACGGAAGCUCCUCGAGCGGCUCGGCUGCGAGGUGCUGCCGGUGCCGUCGGCCGCCGACUGCCUGAGCCUGCUGGGGUGGAGCGGCGGCGGCGCCGCCGCCGCCGCCGCCGAGCCGCCGUUCCAGAUGGUGGUCCUCGACAUCGACGCGAGCGGCGCCGGCGCCGCGGCCGCCGCGGCGAAUGGAUUCGAGGUGGCCCUCAGGAUCCGGGAGCUCAGCAACGCCUGCUGGCUGCUGAUCCUCGUCGCCGUGGCGGCCAGCGGCGUCGACGACGGCGUGCGCGACAUGUGCCGGCGGGCGGGGGUGAACGGGCUGAUCCAGAAGCCCGUCACGCUCCCGGCGCUGGGAGCUCAGCUCCGGAGUGUCCUCCAGAGCAACUGA